UACUGAAAUGAGUGAUAGGUUACAUGGGGUGUGGCUUUUUACAGGAAAGUGAAACUGACGGUUUAAUAUAAUGCCAAGUCAGUCAGUCUGGCAGAGGAGAGAGAGAGGGAGGAAGACAUGAGCCAUGGCGUCUGCUUUUUACUCUGAAGAUUUGACUUGUCCUGUUUGUCUGACCAUCUUCACAGAUCCAGUGACACUUCUCUGCGGACACUCUUUCUGCAGAGGAUGCAUCACAGCGGUUCUGAGCUCACAGCCCCAGUGUCCACAGUGUCGCACAGCUGUUCCAGAUGUGGCAUGUCUUCCAACCAGCCACAUAUUGAAAAGCCUCGCUGAAAAGGCCAAAGAAGGAGUGAAGAAAAAGAAAGAGCAUGGGGAAGAGAAAGCAGAGUCAGCUGAGCUGUGCCCUGAGCAUGAAGAAAAGCUGAAACUGUUCUGCGUCACAGAUCAGCAGUUGGCGUGUAUCAUAUGCCGCGAUGGGGACAGGCACGAAGGACACAAGUUUAAACCGAUCAAAGAAGCAGCCGCAGCGCUCAGACUGGAGUUGGAGAAGGGUAUGGAGAACCUUUGUGGUGAUAUCCUCACUACAGAGAGCCUAGCAAACACGCAGAGGGAAGAAAUAACAAAAACCAAAGAGACGUCUCAGCAGCUGACCACCCAAAUCCACAGACAGUUUGAGCAGAUGCACCAGUUUCUGAGAAAGAGAGAAGAUGAGAUAAAGAAUGAGCUGAAACACAAAGAGGGAGAUGCUGUUGAGAAAAUGAGCAAGAACCUGAAUGAGAUAGAAACAGCUCUGUGUGAGAGCAGAGAGCUGGAGAGAAAAGUGAAAUCCGUAGUGAACAUUGAAGACUCAGAGAAGUUCUUAAAGAGCUGGGCUGAGGGUAACACCACAGCCACUCCAGAACAUUUAUUCCAGCCCAGAGCAAAUGAUCUCCAAGUGGUGAAUACCUCUCUCUCUUUGGGGCCUUAUGAAAGCCAUCUGCAGUUCUUUAUUUGGAAGGAGAUGCUUCAGGUAAUCCAGCCCCGAGCAGAGCUGCUGUCACUCAAAAGCAACAAUACAGACAUAACUGUGUCUGAUGAUGGCCGCAGUUUGUUUUGUACUCUCAAAAGUACCCAGGCUCCACAAAGUUUCUCCUCUGCUUUUGGUUCUACCCCACAAUUCGGCCAAACAACAGGCUUUUCAUUUGGUUCCACUGGCUCUUUAUAUGGCUCCAGCACAGGAUUAGGACGCACAACAUCUCAUUUUGUCUGUAAACCAGUUUCAGACCAAACCACCAAAAUUAUGACAAACCAUGCAUUUAGUGUCAAUGAGUUCACUUCAGGGCAGCAUUACUGGGAAAUAGAGGUUGGACACAGGAACUAUUGGGAACUGGGGAUAAAAGAUCAUUUCCUGAAAUAUGAUAAACAAGGAUAUGCCAUCUGUAGUUCAAAUACAACCACAAAGGUCGUAUUUGGAGCUAGACCAAGAAAGAUUGGGAUCUACCUGAACUGCAAAUCCAACACGCUCUCCUUCUAUGAUGCAGACAACAUGACCCACGCCCACACCGUGAGACCUAGUGUCAUGGCUACGCCGCUGUCGGCAUAUUUCAACAUUAGAGCCACAGCACCAGAGCGUAACCCUCUGACAGUGUGCUGGUACUGAGGUCAGGAUCAAUAGUACCGCUCAUUUUCAGCCGUUUAAUGAGCGGGAAAUGAGCAGAAAAAAGUUAGGCAAAACCCAAGCUCCAUAUCCCAGGAGAUUAAUAGAAUGAAUACAUUAACAAAUGAGAAAAUUACUUCUAAAAACAUGAUAUUUUGCAGCGUUUUACAUAUUUAUAUUGCUCCGUUCAACAUGUCUAUAUACUAUUCAUUGCUUUUGUUUGCUACAUUUUAAUGCUUGUGGUUAAGGUGUAUGGUAUAUGGAUUACCAGAUAAAUUCAUUUGAAUUUUGUUUUCUGUUUUUUACACUAUGGUACUGAAGUGGCUUUAUCUGCUUUGUGCACGAGAUACUCCAUGCCCUCUGACACCACUGGAGGGUGGUGUUAUCAUGCGUCGCCAGACCUCUGCUGCAUGAGGCCUGUGAACAACAGGUCUGUCUAUGGCUUGGUUGUAUGUAAGUUUUCAAAAACAAUAUACAGUGGGGCUGCCCCAUCAUGCUCAAUAUAACUUUUUUGGGGCUCAAGAUGUGAAAUAAUUAAAAAAUAUAAAUACAUGAUGUCUGUUGAACAUAUCCUCUCACACAGACUGAAAGGUGACACUGAGAAUCAACAAAAACUCCUCUACACACAGCUUAAUGAAAAAUUCUCCCUUUUCAUAAAUGAAUGUUGUAUGGGUGGUGGCAUUCUUUUAAAAUUUCUGUCAAAGAUGUGUCAAAGAUCCUAUUCAUCUCAUUGUUUUUCUUCAAGGCAUACAUUGUAAUAUAUAUUUUUUUUACCUCUUUAUAUAAAUGUGUUGGUGUUUAUGCUACUUUUAUGUGGAUUUUCUAUGGAUGCUAAUAGGGGUUUUCAGGGACCACUAUACACAUUUCUUGGAUGUUAUUAAUAGAGCAUGAGCUUUCACGAUCUA